AUGGAUAUCGUCCGCGACUCCCCUCUACUUUACCUCCCCCGGAAGCCCGGCCAGAAGCAAAAUCACCGAGUGAGCGUCCGCGAGAGCACUCUCCAAAACUCUCCCACAAUGGUGUCACCGGCCCCUACGAAGAAGCUGGACGAUCUGCCGGACGAGAUUCUUCUUCGCAUUCUUUCCUCCUGGUGCCCCUCAGUUUUAGAGCCUUACGACUUCCCCGGCCUACAACUCGUAUGCCGAAAACUCCAAAAGAUUUCUCUCGACAACAACCACUGGCGGUCAAGAACAUUCGACGAGUCACCUUUCUUAGAGUCGAUCCAACGGCGCCGGCGCCUGACCCGUAUCAUCGACGAAGACGUUAUUGACGAGCCUCUCCUUAGCGCUGCCGUGCAGUUAAGCCAGGAGCAUGGUGAUGCAGAACCGUCCCCGCACUUCUACGAUGAGGACGAAACGAGAGAGCAGAGUGAGUUGCAGCGAUACAAGGACAUGGCGAAUUGGGAUCCCUCGUUUCCGACAGAGCCAGUCUUUUGGUACAACGAGUACAUACAGCGCUAUGCGCCUGUCACAACGAGCUGGCUGCAGCAGCCCAAGAUCCGAGACGGGAACGAGGAAGAUACGCUGGAUGUCCGGGGAAUGGCCCUCUACAGCCCGAAUCGAGAAAGCAACGAGUUGCUGGCUGUAUCACCGUUAGACGACGGGUCCGUGUGCUUGUGGGACGUGAAGGGUACUAGAGGUCGGAAAGGCGCGAUGGUUGCGACGAGUCCGGCAGGGAUUCUCUACCUUGACGGACCCCAAACCAUGGGGAGGUCACGCAAGAUCGACUCCGGUGUAUCAGAGUGCAUCAGCGUCGACAGCUUCGCUGACAAGGCCUUUGUUGCAGUCCAGGGCCAUCUUUUAGAAGUGGAUCUGAACCAUCUGCAGGUCGUCAGCGAGCAAUCAUUCGAAUGGUCCAUUACGGCGUUGUCUUCGGCCGCCCCAGGUCUACCGCUAACCGUGGGAACUUCAUUGGGAAUUCAUUUAUACGACUAUAGAGCGCGGGUAAGGUCGCCGAGUGAGAUAGUCGAUCGGAUCGAUGUGUUGGCAAUGGAUACGGGAAGUGGGCUUUCCGCACUGAGGUCAAGGAACAUCUUCGACGAUCCGCUGCCGCCAUACGCACCUUUGUCACAACCAACGCCAUUAAGCAUCUUACACCUGCCCAAACCAUGCGACGAGUACUCUUUCUCGGACGACAUCUACGUGGCAGGGCGCUUUUCCAAUAUCCUCCACUAUGACAGACGCACGUUCCCCUCCAUCAUAGGCUCCAUCCACUCGGGCGCUCGGCUGGCCAGCCUCGCGGCGCUUCCGUAUCCUUUCUCUACGCUUGAUAGCGAAACGCGUCGGAGGAGUGACCUGUCCGCCGAGCAAGUUAUGGCGUCCAAGAUGAGAGAAGGCGGCCGUACUCUGAUUGCUGGGGGUGAAUAUAACACCAAGGGCUCACUGGAGUUGUACGGACUUUGCCCGCGCCCGGGAGACUCGUCUGCGGAUCUCAUGCAGAACUCCACAAUGAAGAAUCGGCAGACGUCUUCGCAGUCCAAAAUCCUCUCGGUCGCGAACCAAGGUACUCGCAUUGUGUUCUCGGACGGCUCCGGGCUUUUAAAGUGGUUCGAGCGCGACGGCUUCACCGAAGUGAGGCGGCACAAGAUUGGCCACAGCGAGGUUUCGGAACGUCCCUCUCUUUUUGCGUCAAUGCCUGGUUCAGACGAUCUUGCACGGAAAAUAUUGUCAACACAAACACGGAACGGACUGGACAACGUAAACGACGACGACAUUCUGUUCUGGACGGGUGAAAAGCUUGGUCUAGUCAGUUUCUCUGGCAAGCCUGGGUUCACUGCAGAUGACUUUGAGGAGCCGGCACCCAAGUCGGAAGAAGAUGCGAAGGUAGAAGAGGCAGAGAAAGAGUAUGGCGAGAGAAUGAGGCUUGCUCUUGAACGACAAGCGAACGAUGUCCGUUUCGUGAGGGGUCUGGGCUUGGGUUUAAUGGGAUAA